UUGCGACCAAAUUUUUGGUUUUCAUGGCGUUUUCUUUGGCUGUUUAUAACGCAGUUGCGUUGAAACAGAAGGUGACUCGGAUCCAAUUUUACAUGCAUGACAUCGUCGGAGGACCCCAUCCGACGGUCGUCCGCGUCGCCGAACGAUCGAACUUCACGGGUCAAGACCCCAUGGAGGCAGCGUUCGGGUCCAUUUCGGUGAUAGAUAACCCACUGACGGUCACCCCGAACAGAAACUCGACGUUGCUGGGGCGUGCUCAAGGGAUUUAUGCCAUGUCAUCGCUGGAAAAAGAGUGGAGCCUUCUUAUGACCCUUACGUAUGCUUUCACUGCAGGGCCUUACAACGGUAGCACUUUCAGGUCGGAAUCCGGUGAUGAAAGAAGAGAGAGAAAUACCGGUCGUCGGAGGCACCGGAAAGUUCAGGCUGGCUCGUGGGUAUUGCCUUGCUAGGACUUACUC